AUGUCGACAGGCGAAAACUAUACGGCAGAAAUAAUAGAGCUUCGAAAUCAGAUCACUCAGAUGCAGGAGGAUUUCGCCGAAAAUGACAACGCGUUCUUCCUCUGCUCAAUGGCACUGAUAAUCUUUCUAAUGCAAUGCGGAUUUGCGUUUCUCGAAGCCGGAGCUGUACGAAGCAAAAAUACAACAAACAUCCUGAUCAAGAACUUGCUCGACUCAUGUAUUGCUGUCAUUGGUUACUGGUCUCUCGGGUGGGCAUUUGCCUUCGGUGACUCGUCCAAUAACGUCGUCGGGCUCUUCAUUGGCCAUACUCAGUUCUUUCUCGCUGGUCUGACCAACUAUCCAAAGUUCUUCUUUCAAUAUGUGUUCGCAGCCACAUCAGCCACCAUAGUGUCAGGAGCUGUGGCGGAACGAUGCGAAUUUGCUAAUUACAUUACAUAUUGUACAGUUAUUUCUACUUUUGUGUAUCCAAUUCUAACCCAUUGGGGAUGGCAUCCUCAGGGAUGGAUGUACUUAGGCAUUCAAGCCAACGGCAUCCACACCACGUACAUGGAUUUCGCCGGAGCUGGCGUAGUUCACCUUUGUGGUGGAACGAUCUCGUUUGCAGCAGCAUACAUAAUAGGGCCCAGAAUCGGCCGAUUUCCGAAGGAUGGUGAAGAAGAGUCUAUUGAAAUCAAAGGACAUAGUGUACCGUUCGCUGCGCUUGGAGGCUUCAUUCUAAUGUUUGGUUUCCUGGCUUUCAAUGGAGGAUCGAUGGCCGAUAUCGUCAAACCAGGAGAAGGGCGCAUAGUUGCUCUAGCGAUGAUCAACACCAUUCUCUGUGGCGCAUUCGCAGCGCUAACAUUCCUUAUUAUUCAUUUUCUCACAAAAGGAAAGUGGACUUUGUUGCUGACUAUAAACGCUUGUCUUGCAGGCAUGGUGUCGUCCUGCGCUGGUUGCGAUCGCAUGGAACCAUGGGCGUCAUCAUUCACUGGGAUAGGAGCAGGACUCAUCUACCUCGCUCUAAGUCAUUUCAUGAUCGCGAUCAAAGUCGAUGACCCAUUGGAUGCGUUUGCUGUGCAUGCAGGGGGAGGAUUUUGGGGACUCGUUUCGGCGUGUAUUAUUGCCCACAACGGAAUCGUCUAUGCGAUUUCGGAUGCUAUCGCCAACAAUCACGGAUCACUUUCCUUGAGACAAGCGUUUGCGCAACUUGGAUGGCAGCUGAUCUGUGCUCUCGCUAUAAUCGUAUGGUCAUUGCUUUGGAUGGUUCCUAUUUUCCUAUUUCUGAAAAAGAUUGGGAAGUUACGUGUCUCAGAAGAAGUGGAAAUUAAUGGACUCGAUAUCUACAAGCACGGUGAAGCUGCUUAUCCUUUACACGCUUACGGUCAUGGAUGGCACGACUUUGAACCGAUUAAGGACAAGAAAGGCAAUCGAAUUCACAAGCUUAGGACAGACAGCGACCACGCUGAAAUGUCUUUGGAGCACCUUGCUGCUGCCUAUGAGCGGCGUACCAGUGUCGCUCCAAUCGGGUUCUUCGCGACAACGAAUAAUGGUGAAAUACGAAAAAAGAGCCUUUACAUCAACCCGUCGCAGUACGAACAUCCUGAACAUCAUUCGCAGGCCAGAGAGAAAAACAGGGCUCAAAAGCGGGUCACGCAUAAUCCAGAAGUCGAAAUGGCAAGCGCACCAACAACAGCCAAGUCGUCUAGGGCCGACAUCAUUGCUGAAAUGUACGAAGACACUCCUCAGCGAAACGCUGUUUAG